AUGGCCAUGAUUCCGCUUUGUGUUUUCAGACGAGGAAGCUCGCAACGACCGUCCGUUCAAUACCCUUCGCCCGACGAUAACGAUGUCGAUGGGAUGGUAGACCUAUCAGGAUUGUCGUUCGUCGAGCGACAAGAGGAGUGGCUGCGCCGCAAGCAAACCGCCCUGCGGGCCAAAACGCACGAGGUGGAGAGGGCGGCGAAGAACGCGGCGACCUUCAACCCCAACCUAGCUAUCAGCCAGAGCUCACUCAGGCCGGCACAGGUGUCAGCAGUGGAGAUGAAGCUGGAGCAGAUGGCGAACGAGGCCGAGCGGCACGCGCGAAGGAGUUCUUUCUCGCAGUCUAUCCAGGAGGCCAAGCGGAGGGCCGAGCGAGAAGCACUUCCACCGCCUACUAUCACAGCCGGUGGCCGGCGGCGAAGUCGCAUGAAGCGGAGGGGAAGCACGGACGAAGACGUGGCGCACGCACGGCGGGCGACCGCUCCAUCCGGAGUGUUCCAAGCUCGAGACGACGCCAUCGGCCUCCUUAACCCUGCUGGUGAUGGACAAUCUGACGACGGUUUGGACGAGAGCGGGAGCAAUAGCAAUCACGACCGCUCGAUGGGCGGGGUAGGCGAAGGUCCAGGGGUGGACGGGGAGGAGGCCGGUGAUGGCGCUAUUGAUAGUAAUUUGGAAGGAGGGGAGAACGAGGGGGAGGAAAAAGAAGAGGAAAAAGAGGCGGCGGCGGCGGAGGAGGAGGAGGACCGGGAACCGCCGUUCGAAAAAGGAUCCUUCUUCUUCAAGGUGGACGACAAGGAUAAGGGGCACUACAGGGUCAGGGACGUCUCGUGCUUCCUGCUGACAAGCAUGUACAAGAGAAAGGACCGCGUCACGCGCACCCCCGGCGUAUCCCUCUUGGUCGGAAAGCUGGAGGACCCGCCGCACGAGGAGAAGGUGAUUUCCGCCCUCUUCGACACCGACCGCUUCACGGAGAGGGCCGCGGCGCAGUGGUGGGAAGACAACGGGCACAGGUUCGAGGAUGCAAGGAGCCUGGCCGCCAAGAAGGAGCUCGAUGAUGAUAGGAAGCGCACGAUGGAGCGCAAUAUCGAGGUUCUUCGCAGGGCAUCUGCUCCCGCAAGAGCAGCGCUUAACGCCAAGAAAGCGAUCAGCAUCCUCUCGGCGACAGCGCCAGCAUCGCUCGAAAACACAGCAGCAGCAGUAGUACCGUAUCAACCCGCGAUCGAGGCCUGA